UGCCCUUUUCCUUGCCAUGCACAAUAAAUAGCCGGGCCAGUGGACUCGUACCGAAAGCUCUACUCUCUAGGAAAUGGCCACCACUCCGCUACCGGAACCCGUCCAGGUCGUCGUCAAGGCCGCGGCGGGCUCUCCCGACAUUAUCGGCGACUGUCCAUUUUCGCAAAGGGUUCUCCUAACUUUGGAAGAGAAGGGAAUUCCCUACGAAGCGAAGCGGGUUGAUUUGAGUGAGAAGCCGGAUUGGUUUUUGAAGAUUAGCCCCGAGGGGAAGGUCCCAGUGCUCAAAAUCGAAGAAGACAAAUGGAUACCCGACUCGGAUGUGAUAACCCAGAUCAUCGAGGAGAAAUACCCGAAUCCUUCAUUUGUGACUCCACCAGAGAAAGCAUCUGUGGGUUCGAAGAUAUUUUCCUCUUUUGUAAAUUUCUUGAAGAGCAAGGACCCCAAUGAUGGAUCAGAGCAGGCAUUGCUGAAUGAGUUACAGGCUCUAGAUGAUUUUCUUAAAACUAAUGGACCAUAUAUAAAUGGAGAAAACGUUUCUGCUGUGGAUUUCAGUCUAGCACCGAAGUUAUUCCAUCUUGUUGUUGCCCUUGGUCACUUCAAAGGCUGGAGCAUUCCAGAGAACUUGACCUAUGUUCAUUCAUACACGAAGUUACUUUUCAACCGAAACUCUUUUGUGAAGACCAAACCAGCUUCAAACGACUACGUGAUUGCGGGAUGGGCUCCAAAAGUGAAUUCUUAGUUAUAUGUAAGUUGCCCAAAGAGCUAAUGUUGAUCUUGUGGGCCCUGCUUGUUUUACGAACAAUAAUUCUGGAUGUGUUUGGUGUAGAGUAUUAAUAUAAGCUUUCUUUGAUACUAUAAUUUGUAUUGAAUGUCAUCGACUUUAGUUAUUUUGAUAGUUGGUUUUAAGUCUUUCAAUGUGACGGUUCUCGUUAUUACAUAGGAAACGUUAAGCAAACUUUUUUUGGAUAAA